AUGAAGAACCCACUCUACAUCUUGACUAUCCUUCUUCCCCUGGCUACUGAGCUGGUGACAGCUUCUCCAGCCGCGGAGCCUGAAUUUGAUGAUCUUCAGGAUAGGGCUAACGGAGGAGGUGGAGGAAAUAGAUGCCGAAUUAAUCACAAGUACUGGUACUGGAAGUACCCGUGUGACCAGAGCGACAGAACGACCCAGCAAUCCCGGGGUGACCAAUGGAAUGCAAUCUGCAGAUAUAAGAACUGGUAUAAAACCAACAAGGGAUGGGCCCAUGAUUUCGACAAGCCUCCCAACUGCCGUAAGUUUCUCUUAUUCCGCUCACUAAUGCAUUUUCUGACUCGUUCUAAAGAUGGGGAUUGGGAUAGACGCUGCCCUUAA